CGAGUGCUCGCCGUGUUUCUCUCGCAGUUUUUUUGUGCCGCGGAAUUUUUGGAGAUAUCCCGGGGACCUUACUGUAAGCGGACGAUCUUCUCCCUUUUCCGUCUGAGAUAAAACAAGAAAGUUCCUGCUUUGUGCGUACCGCUUCCCUACUUUUUCGUGCCUCGUCUGGUACAAAUAGCGCUCGCCGUCGUCCAGCUGGGCGCGUCGUCCAGAAGCCUCCGGUGCCGGCCCUUAUUUCUGGUUUCUCGAGAAAAAGGGCUGGUUGUUUAACUCUUUCUGCCACUGAUCCAGUUCAAGUAAACGUUUCUAUCUCAGGUAUUCCCUUUUUUCACCCAGGUCGAAGGUUCCUCUUUCCUUUUCCUUCGCAACAAGAUGGGGCAGAAGCUUACCGUCGAGGAGAGGAGGAACAUCAAGCGGGAGGUCUACAUGAUCUACCCUGGUUUGGAGCAGCAGCUGGAGAUGGCCUUCACAUGCCACGAUCUUCAGCAUGAGGGCAAGCUCCCAUACACGACGCUGGAGCCUAUCAUUCGUCACUUGCUCAUGCAGUACGGCCUCAUCGAAUACGUUACGAGGUUUUCGGAUUCGGAAGGCUGCCUCGAUGCCAACCAGAUUCGGGCCGAGUUGAACGAAUUCGGUGUUAACACAGGCGGCCUGUGCUGCGGCUCAUCGCUCACUCUAGAAGACUUCAAGAGCCUUGCCGUCAUCUGGCUGCGGAAGAUUCUUGACUGCCACGCAGAUGACCAGGCUGUGUGGAUGGCCAAGCUGAAGGCGGAACAGGAAGAGCAGGCGGAAGCCUACACGCGCGCCAUGCGUGAAUUUCAAGAUACAUUCACCCAGCAGCAUGCCCUGUACCAGCAAGGCUUGCAGGAACAGCAGAAGCAGAUCAACGACUGGAACAAGUUGCUUGAGGACGCCCAGAAGACCCAACAGACCAUCUAUGAACAGGAAGUGCGACGCAUGGAGGAGGCUCGACUGAAGGAAGCAACUGCCGCGGAGGAGGCAAUGAAGGAACAGAUUGACCUCAUCAGCCAGUACAAGGAGAAGCUGGAGAAGAUUGCAGCCGCUGACACGAGUGGCAAGUGCUUUGUGUACCCGGCAGCGGCCACUCCGUACGGAGCAUGCGCAUCGGCCGGUGCCCAAGAGCCGACGCGCCGGCGACGGGUGAAGAAGGAACACCCAAGUCGAGCGUGCUGCUAAGAGGAAUGGUUUAGCUACGCUAGAGACACAGUGAAGGGGGAAAAGGAUUUUUUCUGUCAGGUGCAGGAAUUCACUGAGCUUUUCUGACCAGCUGCUGAAACGCGUCCGGCUACAGGAGCUCGGAGUAGGAACGUCGCUAUUCAGCUUCGUUUGGGGUACACGGGAAUCGAUAGAUCAGCUCUGGACAGAACAGAGCUCUUUUGUCAGUAGGGAAACUUGUUUCUUUCGCGGAUGUCUUCUUGACAUCUUUCCUUCAAGUUUUUUAGUUCUCCGCGGACGGUUUGUUCGUGUGUCCGCCUUUCUUGGUGAUUUUGUUCUACCAAACGUCAUCGCUUUCUCUCUCGUAAAAUUUCGCUUCUCGAACAUCACAGAGAUUCCGAGGAAUUUCUACCACAGGGUACUUGCACGACGGUAGCAUACAGGGCCUGACAAUGACGGCCUCGCUGGCGUACAAAUCACUUAUAGUGAUAACGACUUCUAACACAAGAGAACGGAUAUGCUCCCUUUCCAGACGUACGGGGAUGAUCUUCGACUUCUUCCGUAUUCACCAGUCGAAACAAUACUGUUGUUCAGUACAAGCGAGAAAGACGGCGGCAACACUUAGGAACCGCAGCCACCAAUAUAGGCAGGCACUCAAGCGUGAGACAUAAACCACUCUCCGUCGCAACCUUGAAAGAGGUUACAUUUUGAUGGGAACCUAUCCAGCAGUCGGCACUCGUGGACCGGAACU